AUCGUCACUGUGCAGCUUAUGCAAAGGUCUACAUGGCUGUGAGCAAUGCCAAAAGGAGGAGCUCACCGCUGACAGUCAACACGUCAUGAGGGAAACAGUUCAACUGUAUCUUAGUUUGUCAGAACUUAUCCUUCAUCUGAGCACGAGCCACGGCUAUGACUGUGAGCAGGAGAAAGCAGGUUUUCACUGAGCGUUCCUGAAUGUGAGGAGUGUGAAUGGAGUCGUCCAUGUUGAGCCGUAAACGGCCUCUGUCUGACAGAUAUGAGAAGGAGCCUCCGCCAAACACAAAGAAAUGUUUGUCAGAUCUGACAACUCUGCUCAACAGAUAUCACACUGACAGGACCUGCUGUGGUGACCCUGAACCCUGUAAGGCCUUUGUAAAUGGAAACACAAAACACCCAACUGAUACAGAGAUACAGACCUUCUUCCAGCAGAUUUCAUCUUGGACUGACUCACAGUCAUCUGGGCAGAAAGUACUAGAGCAUCUGAAAUUCCAACAAGCCACGAGUGAAAUUUUCCUCAGCGACUCGGUCAACAAGAAGUUUUUGCAGUUCCACCGUGAUAUCAGUGAGGAAUGUGGGGCUGAAGAUAAGCAGCAUUCAUGGGCAGUUAUUGAGAAACAGGAGGAAAUAGUCAUGUAUGGACCUUAUUAUCCCAAUUAUAACAACGGGGAGCACAGCGAGGACAUCAUCAUUAAACAAACACAGGAGCUGCUGGAAUCAGGAGCUGCUUCAGAUGACUGGAAGGUGUAUGUUUUUACAAUGAACAGCCCGUGUUUGGCCAGAAAUACAGAGCCCUGCAUGUUGAACCUGGUCCAGAAGGCUCAGGAGUGGUGGCUUGUGUUUGGAGUGAAGACUCACAUUGGGUAUGUGAAAUGCUGGGGCUUUAAAGGAACCAAAGAGACGCUGUUCCGGGUGGUCAACUACAGCCAAGUGGAGUGUAUAGAUCAAAGUGAUGACCAUGAGAAAUAUGUUCUAACAGCUAAAAACAGGACUAAUAUGAAUCCAUUAUGUGAAAACCUGUAUAGUGUGGUCAAACACCUGCUCAGGUCUGGGCCGGUGAUCUUCCCUUUGGUAACCUCAGUGCAGGGGCAGGACUGGAGGAGUUACUUUAAGGGGAUGCACAGUGUUUUGGAGUGCGCACCAGACGACGUGAAAACACUCUUAACACAAGAGGUGAACGGUGUGACUGAAGCUGCGCAAGUUCUACUUUCAGGGAGAAGUGAGAGUUUUCCAGAACAUUUAAUAAGAGGACAGGCGUUUGCACAUGAUCACACGUUUAACUCGCAAGCAUCUACUGCCGUCCAGGAUCAGAUGAGACUUACAUUUCAACAGUGUUGGAGGGAGAUGGUGCAGGACAAGUACACUGAGUUCAUCAGGGAGACGCUGACUGAAGACUUUAAUCAAUGCACCGUCCAGCUUUUUAUCAAAGAUAUUCUAGAGUUCACAAAGGAAUAUUUGCAGAUUGGAAGGAUUCAGUUUUCUGAAGGACUCAGUUAAUGAUAGACUAAAUAUUGAACACUUAUUAUGUAUGCAUUUGAAAUAGUCGGAGAGUUAGUAUUGCAGGUAUAAGAACAUAAUUUUUUUUUUUUAAUUAUCAGUGGUGAUCAGAGGUGAAAUCCAACAAAAACGAACAGAUCUACAUGUACUUUAAAAGGUUAAUCAGAUGUUCCCAAAAUGUGGGAAAUGUACAAAAUAUUUUAUUUACACUUUAUGGGCAAAAGUACUGGAACACUUUUAAUUCAGAGGUUUCAUUACUAACAAAGGAUGGGCUAAAAAACAAUAAUGACAAAUGUCAGAACUUGUUAUUUUGGUAAGUAGAAUUUUGUUUUAGUUUGUUUGUACUGUCAUCUAGAACAAACUAAUUUGAAGUUAGUUAAUUUACUCCAGUUGAUUUUUUUUUUACAUUAUAAUUCUUUUAAAUAUUCUACCACUACAUUUAUUAAAUAUUUGUCAUAUGACCAGAAAUAAUCACUUUAAACUAUAAGUAAUCAUCUGGUUUCUUCAACUCUCACUCAGGAAGAAGAAUCAGACUUUAACCUUAACAGAAAUAUUGAUUUUGACAUUUAUCCUGAUAAUUAUUGACAAUAACUGACAUAAACAUCUUUAUUUCAGUAUUUCAAGUCAGUGUGAAGGGGGAUCUAUUGCAUAUAGUGUAUGAGCCUCCUGGAUAUUUCUACUGUUUUUUCCUCUUAAAAUCAUUCUAAAAAUUAGAGUUACACUUAUUUACUUACUCAAAAUAAAAUAUAAAUAGAGCACAUUUGUUUUUUUUAAUAGGCUGAAUUUAAGGAUGCAAAACUUUUUCUAUAUAUACAUUGGACCUAUUCCUGUCAUAUUUCAUUCACAAAUCUAAAUCUGUGUCACCGAGCACCUUUCCUUACCUGAGAUACUCCGUCCACCUGACUGGUGUGGCAGAUCAGGACACUGAUCAAGGCCACCUUAAAAUGUGAAGUAAAAAUAAGUCUUGUGUUUAUGUUUUUUUAGUGUGAUUUUAGUUAUUUCUAUUGGUUUUUCAAGAAAUCAACAAAGCAUAAAUUAUGACAGUUGAGCACAAAAUAUUAGGCAAAAAAAUAUAGGAAAAUUCAAAAUCAGUAGAAUAAUGACUUUAAAAUAACUAAAAUCAGUUUUCCUAAAUGUCCAGUCUACUACUAACAGCAGCAGUCAGACGGAGCCUGAACACUGAUGUAAAAAUCAAGACAUGCUCUGUUUCAUCAACUUGUCAUGUGACACUGGUCAUGUGACGUGUAAAUCCAGUCAAUGAACAUCUACUUUGGUGCCUUUACACUGUAGUUUACACAUAGUUUCAUGACUUAAUGAAGUCUCUUCAAAGUCAACACACCUUGUUUUAUCCAUGAUGAGUAAUCAGAUUCCCUCUGGCUGCUCUGGACAUUUUUAGGUCUCUUGUUAUGUCCUUGUUUUUUUUUUUUUUUAUUUCAAUAUUCCACUUCUAUUUAACUCCUUAAUGUUCACUGGACCAGUCCUGUUCUAGAUAUGCUGAUUUUCCACGUUUACUUACACAGUUUUUUAUACAUUUUCUAGAUAUAUACUCAAAAUACCAAUCUCUUGAAUCUUAUUCAUUAGAUUUUGCUCCUGAAACUAAUAGAAAAAUGCAUUUAAUAAAUGUUCAACUCACUAUUUAUUAAAAAUACUUUUUUCUUAUUCUACUGAGUAAAUGACGCCUUUAUUUAUUGACGAAGUAUUAAUUCUCUUCUGUCUCAGUUUUUAGUGCACACUGUUGCCCAUAAAGUCAGUAUAAAACACUUUUACCUCUUCUCAUGAAAUGAUUUAGUCUUGGUAGAUAAAGUGUAACCGGAACUCAAUAUGUAAUCAUUCAAAGGUGAUUACUGAUAUGUAGAAAUAUGAAUAAAAAGAGGAAUGUUGCAAUAUUAUUCCAACUUUAUGGGCAACCAGUGUAUAAAUAUGAACAUAACAGUAAUCAUGUCAUCAGACAAACCCUUCCCUCUGGAAUUAAAAAAAAAAAGUUUGAAUUUCACCCAACAAACAUUAAAAUAUUUGUGAGUAAAGGAAUCCAACAGUAAUCAAAUGUAAUAGUCACAUUCACAUGGUUACAUUACUUAUUGUAUCUCUGUAUCUGUAAUCCAUCACAUUAUUAAUAAAUGACACACAUACACAGAUCAUGUCAUGUUACAUUUGCAUCAUGUCCAAAUGCUUUGUCUUUAUUAGUUUCCUCAAUAGAUGCACAGAGGAAGGACAUCAGGUAGUGCAGUGUUUGAGCUCACCGAGAAAAUCCACUGACACAUGACAUUGUGUCUUCUGUGUUACUGACAUCACAAGUGGUGUACUACACAGGUAGAUAAUGGAGUGGACUUUUAUUUAUUUAUUUUUUACAUAUAGGCUGAUAUAUUUGUUACUUUGGUAGUAACAUGUCCCAUUAUCCCACAUGUACACGUUGUCAUCAGACUUAUCACAAACAAAUUACUGCAAAAAUACAGUUGCUGCUCAAUACACUUCAUUAAACAGCCUUCAGUUAAUAGAUGAUGAGUAUAUGAUAAUGUGUAUGGGUUGUGCUUUAAUAAAUAUUAGUAGGUUUACUUGGAAAUGUCCAAAUGUGUUGUAGAAGGUGAAUGCUUGUAGUGGAUGCACAUCUGUGCCUGUGUCAGCAGAGGGCGCUACAGUGUCAGCAUCCACAUCACGUUCUUCAUGUGCAACUUAUCUGCUGCAUAUAGGU